AUUCGACUUUGAUUUGGAACUGCAAAGGUAAAGAACAGCUGAUUUUAGACCAGUUUUGUAUUGUCAAGUUCAACCACGAAAACAAGCACACAGUUUUUGUGGAUAUCUAGUAGCGAUGUACCGCAGUGAGAAUGCCGGCUCAAGACUGGGACUUGCCUCGCGUGUGGUGACGAUACUGUGCCUAUGUCGUGCCACAGGGGCCGCUAUACUACAGUCGGCCUCUAACGAGAGAAUGUACACGUACCCGAGGACCGGCCAGUACAAGUACGUGGCUCACAUCAGCAGCAAGGCCGGGUUCUGUACGGCGUCCAUCCUGAACAAGGACUGGGUCCUGACGGCGGCACACUGUCUGUACUUCCGGGAGAAGCAGAUCGGCGACAGGGACGUGAGGAUCUUCGCGGGGAUCGUCAACUACGAGCGGCCCUCCCGCGAGACCUCGCAUGAGACGAUGAGCGUCAAGUUAGAGGUCCACCCGGACUUCUGGUACAAGGUGCCGUCCAAGUACGACGUGGCGCUGGUCAAGGUCAGAGACCCCUUCGAGUUCGGGGAGUUCGUCGGCAGCAUCGAGGUGUCCGGCGAGGAGUGGCCGCAGAAUAACGUCACCAUGAAGUGUUUCACGCUGGGGUUCGGAGGGUUCUACAGCACGGCUCCGGCCACCACGGUGCUGAAGCGGCUGGAGCGCACGGUCACCCACAGCGAGCGCGCAUGUCCCUGCGCCAAGCGGUUCCAGUGGAAGAGGAUCGCUUGCGUGGAGGAGGACGGCGCCAACCUGAUGUGCGAGGGGGACGACGGCGGACCGCUGGUGUGCGACAAGAAGGUACGAGGGAUAGCCCACAUGAUCUGGAACCGCGCCAACUGUGCCGGGGUCUCGUACCCCCUCAACAAGUGUGUGGGGUCCCCCGACAAGGGUCUCUCGGUGUUCAUGUUCCUCUGCCCCAUGAACGACUGGCUGCGCUCCGUGGUCCCAGAAGUGCCGCCCACGCCGAUCUCUUGCCGGGCUCCCCCGCCACUGCACACCUACAACUUGCUUCUUGUUAUACUUACUUUAAACAUAAUACUCACGCAUUACAAUAUUGUUCUGUAAGAGAUAGUUACACUCAGUUGUGUUGUGAGCAAUCUCGUUUUUGGUUUUAUUGUUCAUGCAUAGUAAAUUGUAACUGACCGAA